AUGGGUUGGAAGGUGUUGCUGAAGGAGCCUAGCCACAGCAGAGCAAGGCCAGUGCUGCUGGUGGCCCUGAAGGUGAUUGUGGACCUUAGGGUUGACACCAGAAAAUCCUUCCAGUUUGGAACAGGUGAUGCUGCCAACAUAUCACAGUUCACUGUCCAUGCCUACAGCCGAGAGCAGCCGGUGCACUGCAUAGAUCUCGCCCGGCCUGAGUCGGAAGAUUGGGUGAGACUGGAUGAAAAAUUUUUUAAGACUGCUUGCAGCCUAGCAGCCAUGGAUCAGCAUGCUGCCAAUUCUCCAGCGCAGAUUUUGGAACGUACUGCCUCCAUUUUAGGGUGCAGCAUUACUGAUGAGAAGCUUGCAAUUCAUUUGGAUCAAGGAGAUGAGUUGAGACAUCAUCGAGACGAAUUCCACAUACCCAAAAUGAAAUACCUCCCUUCUGUUGACCUAACUUUGGUAAAGGCAGAAGAUGACUGUGUUUACUUAUGUGGAAACUCCCUUGGAUUGCAACCAAAGAAAAUGAGGGCUCAUAUAGACGACGAACUGGAUAAAUGGGCCAAAGUAGGUGUACAUGGGCAUUUUGCUGGUGCCUUUCCUUGGGCUUUAGCAGAUGAAUGCAUAGUUGAACUAAUGGCUGAUUUAGUUGGUGCUAAAAAGGAAGAAACUGCAUUGAUGAAUGGACUAACUGUGAACUUGCAUCUCCUGCUGCUAUCCUUCUACAAACCAACAUCAAGUAGAUAUAAGAUUCUGAUGGAAGCAAAAGCAUUUCCUUCUGAUCAAUAUGCUGUGGAGUCCCAAAUCCGGCUUCAAGGACUGGAUCCUAAGGAAAGCAUGCUUUUGCUGUCUCCAGUGGAGGGAGAAAAGACCCUGAGAGCAGAAGAUAUUUUAUCUACAAUAGAAAAGGAAGGUGACAGUAUUGCUGUGAUUAUGUUCAGUGGAGUACAAUAUUACACUGGGCAGCUGUUUGAUAUCGCUUCGAUAACAAAGGCAGGACAUGCCAAGGGAUGUUUUGUUGGUUUUGACCUUGCCCAUGCUGUUGGGAAUGUAGAACUCUAUCUGCAUGACUGGAAUGUAGACUUUGCCUGCUGGUGUAAUUACAAGUAUAUGAAUUCUGGUGCUGGAGCCUUAGCAGGGGCAUACAUACAUGAAAAACACCAAUUUACAGUAAAGCCAACAUUACUCGGUUGGUGGAGUCAUGACUUCAAAACCAGAUUUGAGAUGGAUAAUGAAAUUGACUUAAGUCCUGGCGUGAAUGGAUUUCGACUAUCAAAUCCACCCAUUUUAUUGGUUCGUUCACUGCAAGCUAGCUUAGAGAUCUUCAAUCAAACUGACAAGAAAGCACUGCGGAGAAAAUCUGUUUUACUUACUGGUUACUUGGAGAGCCUGAUCAAGCUUUGCCAUUCAAAGGUUCCAGAUAAUCCUCAGAAGCCAUAUGUCACUAUCAUUACUCCCUCUAAUAUUGAAGAACGAGGCUGCCAGCUCUCAUUGGUUUUUUCAAGCCCUACCAACUUGAUUUUCAAGGAAUUGAUGAAAAGAGGAGUUGUAUGUGACAUGCGGAAACCAGAUACUCUACGAGUCGCUCCUGUACCUCUUUACAACUCCUUUUAUGAUGUGUACAAGUUCAUCAAGGCUUUGGAUGAAUCAUUCAAGGCUGCAAUUUAAGUCAAGAAUGAGCUGUAG